CAAAUGUAAGUACAGGACAGAAAUUCUAUGCUUCUUGGCGAGCGGAAGUACAUCCACUUCUGUGGUCCGGGUGGCCAAACUACAUCUAAAGAGUGCACAACACGAUGGCUCACAGGCUGCUCGUCCGGAGAAUUUGGACCGUGUCUGUGAGGGACGUGCGCUGCCCCCGUGCCCCAUCGUCCGCCCUCUAUUCCACUUCACUGUGCUCCUCGGCAAGCCCACAACCUCUUCUGUCGCCCCGGCGUUCGCUCCCUCGAGCCCUACCCGUCACUGCCCGCCGUGAGGUCUCCUUCAAUGUUCAGGACCAGGAGGAUUUCACCGAAAGGGUCAUCAACAGCGAGUUGCCCGUGGUCAUAGACUUCCAUGCCCAAUGGUGCGGACCUUGUAAGAUCCUUGGGCCCAGGCUAGAGAAAGCCAUUGCCAAACAGAAGGGUCGGGUGACCAUGGCCAAAGUUGACAUCGACGAACACACUGACCUUGCCAUAGAGUAUGGGGUGUCAGCCGUUCCUACGGUGAUCGCCAUGCGGGGAGGCGACGUCAUCGACCAGUUUGUGGGGAUCAAAGAUGAAGACCAGUUGGAUUCAUUUGUCAAGAAACUCAUUGGACAAUAAACCUGUCCUUCAUGUCCCUCUGUCCUAUCCCCUUCCUCCUCCUCCUCCUCAGUCACACACAUCAUCUCAGUACUCUGUAACUGCACUCAGUGGCCACACUGAGCAUGUGCAGAAAUAUCCCACCCAUCCAUCCACCCACCCACAUCCUCC